CGGUGCAUUGUCAAUCUCUGUUAUUUUAUUUUACAUGUACUAAAUUAAUAGCCCUUCGAUGGCCGCAUCCAUAUACUAUUUCGGCGCUUCACUUCCGCUACUUCCCGUCCGAGGCGGAAUCCGGCGAACUCCCGUUGCUGCAGUUCCUCUUUCUCUGAGGAUCAGGCGACAGAGAUGCGGCGGUGGAUGCACCUGCAUGCCCGUUAUGGCUUGCUCGACUUCGUUACCGUUCGAGGGGAGGGCGGGGUGGUAUCGGAGAAAGGGAAGCGUCACUCUAUUCUCUGUCGGGUUGAACACUGGAAAAUCCGGCGCUGGAAAGGAUAGGGCCGAGGCUAUCUCUCAGGCGUUGUCGGCAAUGCUCCCUUAUGUUGUAGCUGCCACUGCUGUUGCUUCGCUCGUGAAUCCCUCAACCUUCUCCUGGGUAUCAAAAGAAUACUAUGCUCCUGCUCUUGGAGGGAUCAUGCUAUCUAUUGGCAUCAAGCUAUCUAUUGAUGAUUUUUCCCUUGCCUUUCAGAGACCUUUACCACUUUCGGUUGGCUAUGCUGCACAAUAUGUACUCAAGCCACUUUUGGGCUUGUUGAUUGCAAGGGCAUUCAAAGUUCCUUCGAUGUUCUACGCUGGCUUUAUUCUUACAAGCUGUGUAGCAGGCGCUCAACUCUCAAGUUAUGCCAGCUUUUUGAGCAAAGGAGACGUGGCAUUGAGUAUUUUGCUAACCAGCAUAACAACCAUCUCUUCUGUAAUUGUUACACCUUUGCUCACUGGCCUUUUAAUUGGCUCUGUAGUUCCAGUUGAUCCAGUUGCAAUGUCCAAAUCGAUCUUGCAGGUUGUGCUUAUUCCUGUCACUGCCGGUCUUGCCCUCAACACAUAUGCCAAAUCUGUGGUAAAUGCAAUUCGGCCUAUAAUGCCUUUUGUUGCCUUGUUCUGUACGGCGCUUUGUAUUGGAAGUCCUCUUGCGAUAAAUAGGAGCCAAAUUUUAUCUUCAGAAGGUCUCCUAUUGCUUCUACCCAUAGUGACAUUCCAUAUUGCGGCCUUUGCAUUGGGUUAUUGGGCAUCCAAGUUGCCUUUUGCGAGGCAAGAACCUGUGAGUAGAACAAUAUCACUCUGCACUGGAAUGCAAAGCUCGACACUUGCUGGCCUCCUAGCAACCCAAUUCCUUGGCAGCAGCCAAGCAGUUCCUGCUGCCUGCUCUGUGGUGGUGAUGGCUAUAGUUGGCUUAAGCCUAGCAUCCUUCUGGGGUAACGGAUCAAGAGUUAGAGACAUUCCUUUUCUCUUCUUCCCUGCAACUUGCUCCACUACCAACACUUGAGGCACAAAAUAGGCCAAGAAUUGGAAUUGCACGUCGAUUUCUCAACCUCAAAAGUAGAAUUUAAUAGAGUUGCAGAAACGAGUAGUUUCUCAAAGCAGGCUGACCUGCUCACCGAUGACCUGAUGCAUCAAGGUAGGUAUGAUAUGCUGUAUAGCAAGAAGUAGCAGAUAUAAAGCAAUAUUUUUGAUAGCCAGCUAUAAUUUAAGAUGCUCAUUGAUAAUUCUUAUGUAACUUAUGAGGAUUGUAUCUAAACCCUCCAUGGAUCUGUAAAUAUCUUCCUAUUUAUCUGUAAAGCUCUUCAUGUCAAGUAUUUUCUUUUCUUUCCUA